AUGACAGUUAGCGUCACAGAACUCGUCGAUCGUUUCACAUGGAUCGACUACUUGGUGUUCGGCCUCAUGCUGGCGCUAUCGGCCGUCAUCGGUAUUUUCUAUGGAUGUUUCAGCAAGAAGCAGGACACCAAGGAGUUCCUCAUGGCUGGCAAGUCUAUGACCACCUUCCCCGUGGCCAUGUCUCUCAUUGCUAGUUUCAUGUCGGCCAUCACGCUGCUGGGGACGCCGUCGGAGGUUUACCAGUUCGGGUUCAUCUACUGGCUUAUUAUAUUCUCCUACAUGCUGGUCAUGCCUGCUGCCGCCUACCUCUACUUCCCUGUCUUCUACAAGCUCCAGGUAACCUCCGCCUACGAAUACCUUGAGAAGCGGUUCCAUAGAUCAGUGCGGUGGCUGGGCUCCUUGGUGUUUAUCAUCCAGAUGACGCUGUACAUGGCCAUUGUGGUCUACGCUCCAGCACUCGCCCUCGCUCAGGUCACAGGACUCGACGUUUACGUCUCCGUCAGCCUCAUCUGCUUCGUCUGCAUCUUCUAUACCACUCUUGGCGGCAUGAAGGCUGUCCUCUGGACCGACGCACUCCAGACACUGAUCAUGUAUGCCAGUAUUAUAUGCGUCAUCGUCAAGGGAACUCUAGACGUCGGUGGUUUCAGCGCCGUGUGGGCCAGGAACGCAGAGAGCGGCCGGACACAACUGAUCGACUUCGAUCCAGAUCCCACCACCAGACAUACCUUUUGGUCGCUGGUUAUUGGGGGAUACUUCACCUGGAUCUCCGUCUACGGCGUCAACCAGGCGCAGGUGCAGCGAUACCUUAGCGUUCAGACAAGACAAAUGGCCAUCAACGCCUUGUGGGUCAACUUGGUGGGACUGGUGAUAUUGAUGGUUACCUGUUCCUUCGGCGGGAUGGUUUUGUACGCCAAGUACUAUGACUGUGACCCAGUUCGUGCUGGAGUUGUUACCAAGGGAGACCAGAUCUUCCCGCUCUUCGUCUUGGACACACUCGGACAGUGGAAGGGACUUCCAGGAUUGUUCGUUGCUGGUAUAUUCGCUGGUUCUCUCAGCACCGUUUCUUCCGGGAUGAACUCCCUAGCGGCCAUCGUGCUGGAGGACUUCAUCAAGAGCGGGUGUUAUCCAGGCAUCUCCGACAACGCCAGCACCUGGGUCUCCAGGGGCCUCUCCCUCUUCUUCGGUCUUCUCACAUUCGCUCUCGUCUUCGUGGCUGAACAACUCGGCAAUAUUUUGUCUGCAGCACUGAGUAUCUUCGGCAUGGUUGGCGGACCUCUGCUUGGGGUCUUCUCUCUCGGCAUGUUCUUCCCUUGGGCCAACGCCACCGGAGCUUUCGUUGGUGAAAUCGUCAGCUUGAUCUUCAUGUUUUGGAUCGGAGUGGGUUACCAGAUGGCCAGGUCUUCGGGCCAGAUCAAGCUGGCAGCCAUGCCCACUAGCAUAGACGGCUGCCAGAACGUCACCAUCGUUGAACUCCCCUUCCCACAUGAACCUGAGAGUGGUGAGCGAGGUGAGGCACUGGCCUUGUACCACCUGUCUUACAUGUGGUACUCCGCGACGGGCUGCCUCACCGCCAUGAUGGUAGGGAUGUUGGUGUCCCUGGUGACUGGUCAACAGGACGUGCGCACCCUCGACCCUCGCUGCCUCUCCCCCGCCGUCACUUGGUUCAAGAACUGGCUGCCAGGACUCGAUGGUCUUGGAGAAGACUAUGCAAGGGAACGGACCACCGAAAAUAUACAAAAAACGACCGCUGUAUCUUUGAGAGAGGAUGGACCACCACCCAUUAUUUUCUUCCGACAAACAUCUGUAUAAAUCUCAAUGAAUGUCAAUUUGAACAUUGAAAAUAUAUUGUAUUAGUAAAGUGUUAUGUAGAAUUUUGUUGUCUCAAAAAGUACAGAAUGGGUGGUGUAUUGAACAAUAAGUUUAUAUAUAUCAUACACCUUGCUACGGCAAGUACUCGUCGACUUCCUCAACAUCUUCACGA